AUGGCGCCUCGUGGAAAAACAAAGAUGUCUCCAAGGCGGGUGACAUAUGCAGGGGUGGUAAAAGAGCAGAUAAGGACACUUCAAACCCAGGCCUCUUAUCACAUCCGAGACUUCAUUGAGGAAGCCGAGCUGAACCCCAUUCGGAAGACCUACGGAUUUAAAGGCACUGACCGGAAACCUUAGAUUAUGGGGUUGCAAAAAGGGGACAUGUUGCUACCUGCAGCAUAUGACCUUACCGACUUCACCCAGGAAGUGCCGAUGCGCCAGUUGUGCUGCUUUUUCAAAACCUGUCCACGGCCUGAUAUUGUCACGCUGGGAAUUAGGGACAACAUGGGGUUCUCCAUCGAUUUUCCAUACCGCUUAUUAUCCUCAGUAGGGUUGCCGGCAUGCUGGCGCCUACUCUAUCUCAACAGACUCUGGGCGCGGGGCGGGGUACACCCUGAACUGGUCGCCAGCCAAUUGCAGGGCACACAUAGACAAACAACCAUUCACAUUCAUACCUACGGACAAAUUAGUCUUCAAUUAAGCUACUAUGCAUAUGUGUGUGUUUAUGUAUAUAUACAAAAGGAAGGCCCUGCUCCAGAUGGCUACAAUCUUUCAAGCAAACCUGUAAAUGGUAUCACUUCCUGUUUCAAAUCCAACUCCACAGUGUACACUCAGUGAGUGAAUAUUUCUUGUUUUUUGUCACAGUUACUGGCAACAUGCUAUACGUAGUUGUUUUAUUUGAAGAUCUGUUUCACAGAAACGCAAAGUUUUUGAAGAUAAUAGAUAAGAAUCGAGUAUCAGCUCUAGAUAUCAGAAUGCACAACUCUGAGAAUAUGACAAAAGCUAAGAUAAACAAUGCACAAUCUACUGCAUCUUCUCACAUUGUUACAGAAGGCCUUGAUUUAAAAAAACAAAACCCCGCAUUUUAAAAUAAUUUUAAAAUAUUUCAAUUUUGAGUAAAUUUGAGUGGAGGCCACAAUACGAG